AUGGCUCAAGAGACUCAGCAGAAUGAACUUCGUGGAUCUAUUAGCUUACGAAAUCCUCAAUUACAACACCCGAACGCACUAGCAAUCGUUAAUAACUAUUCCUCGUCUAGCGAAAUUCAUACUUUACAUCAGAUAUCUAGUUCGUCUACUAAACUGCCUACAGCGACGUCAAUUUGUUCACUAUCCAAUAACAACCAGCCUGUUCAGUAUAUAGGACCGGAGGCCAGAACUGUGUGUGUUCCUGCUUGUGGUUCGCAUUCAUCCUAUACCCACCCAGUUGCGCAUCGCGCAUCUCCAAAUUCGAAUGUCGGAUAUAACCCUGGAUCUAUGACUCAUGCUCAUUGCAGCACUUCAACUGGUCAGCCGGAUAUGCUUGAGACAUUGCUGUCCAGGAAUGUAUAUAAUGCACAAAUACAUAACCAAAAUCAUUCUCCACGUCUUCUCGGUCCGUCGAUAGUCGUGACUAACGUGCCAAAUCAAAAUCCAAAUAUGAGUGGCCCAGGAAAUAUUCGCAACACUGCUCCGGCUUCAAGUGGUCAUCCAAUGGGUCAAACCUAUACACCCACGACGAGCGCCCCAUCUGUUGUUGCUACGGAUCCUGAAAAACGUCAGCUUAUUCAACAACAGUUAAUACUCUUGCUUCACGCUCGGCGUUGCCAGCGCCAGGAAGAUGAAAGUAAUGGAAGAAUAAGUCAGUGUACGACACCUCAUUGCAACACCAUGCGAGGAGUACUGCAGCAUAUGACUUCUUGUACACAAGGUAAAACUGUCAAACGCCACACUGUGCUUCCUCUCGUCAGAUCAUAUCACACUGGAAAAACUGUAACAAUCGGGAAUGCCCAGUAUGUGAACCUUUAA